AUUCCUUUCGAAAAAUGUUUGUUGCACCACGUAUCUGUUCCCUGCAAAUCGGGGGGCGACUAAACACCGGAGCGAGUGGAGUGUUUCAAACUCUUGAAAGGUUAUAAUCCAUCCAUCCAAUUGUUAAAAACACAAAUACAACUUGAAUUUCCAUUUUCAGUGUAGUAUUUGGAAAAAUGCCUCCCAGGCCAACAAUUCCUGUUCACGAUGUCAACCCAUUUUUCCAAAAACUUCGGGAGUUUUUGUUAGGUAGAAAACACACUUUGGCAUUGAGAUUUCCCGAAUACUUGGCCACCAGGAGUCCACCACCUCCAAGCCUGCCUGAUGGUGUUACCCAUAAGUUAAGUGCAAAUUAUUACUAUACCAGAGACGGUAGAAGAGAGGCAGUGCCGCCAGAGGUAAUUGCAUCAGGUCUUGGGCAAAUUGAGGCUGGCACUGAGGCUUCAGUUAGAACCAAGAGGAUUACACCUGGAAAACCUUAUAAAUGGGACUAGAGUCUAGAAUAUGACAAUGUGUUAUUCAUUUAGUAGUUAUUUAUUAAAUUAUAGAACUUUGAGUUUAUUGUACUUUUG